AACGCCAGCAACAAGGAAGUGUGAGUUGUCAGGUGGUCGGUGUUUUGGUUUUAGUUGGAACUGUCGAAGCCAUGGAAGGACCUGAGCAGCAUCUGAAUGAAUCUGUGGUGAUUCGCAGCCUCAGGCGUUUCAGAGACAGAUACUUUCCCAGUAGAGGCGAAGCGCCUCCUGCUCGUGAGGCUGAUGAGUCUUGGUUCGGACUUCUGGAUUUCUUACCGGUGGAUGUUCAGUUCCUGAUCAUGACCUUUCUCUCUCCUGUGGAUAUCUGUCGAUUGGGAGCCACCAGUCGGUAUUGGAAGGCUAUGGUCAAAGAUCCAUUACUGUGGAGAUAUUUCCUGCUCAGAGACAUGCCCUUCUGGCCCUCCAUAGACCACAUGACUAUGCCUCAGCUGGAGUACUUGCACGUACCGCUAAGCAGCGAAGACGAGAGCCUGGAUGAUGGAGAACAAGGGGUAGAUGAGGAGAAAAUGACAAAGCACGACUACAUGGCAGAAUACCUCAAAGGCUGUCCAUCCUGCAGACAUCAGUGGCUUCCUUCAAGGCCACGCUACGAGAUUGUAACAUCAUUCCUACAGAGUUUGGUUGCUUCAUAUGAGCCACGUUAUGCCAUGUUUGGUUCUGGCAUAGAGCAGCUGGAUGUCUCUCUAGUCACAAAACUUAUGCACUCCCCAGAUGUGCUUCCAGUGUCUGGGACCCCACACCGACAAGUUAAUGGUAUUGGUUCGGGGAUUAGUUACAUGUUCAACAACCAACAUAGGUUCAAUAUUCUCACUCUUUACUCAACCAACAAAGCAGAGAGGGACAGAGCCAAAGUGCAGCAGCAGAGUACCAAUAGCAAGCUCUUCACUGCUGAAGGAAAGGAUCAGUCAGGCCACCCCAUCUUCAGUCCUGCUCCUCAGGUCCAGCAAGUAUGCCAGGUGGUCGAUGGCUUCAUCUAUGUCGCCAAUGCAGAGCCUGGGAGAGCAGGUGACUGGGAAGUAGAGGCAGCUCAGAUCCGUGCAGUGCUGAGUUCUGCCUGGGGCUCAACAUCAAGGCCUCUAGUGGUUCUAUCUUGCAUCUCCAGAGAAGAACCCCAAUCAGACAGGAUCACCAGAAACAGGGCCAGGUGUCGAUCUCCUUGUGUUGAGAUGGCAAAAAAGCUUGACCUCCCACAGCUGACUAACCCCUGGAUGGUGCAGGACACAGUGGCAGAAUCGCUGUUUGGGCUUUUGGAUGGUAUAUCCUGGCUGCUGAGAUGCUCUGGAGUCAAACUCUAGGACAGCUUGAUAUCUAUAGUUUUGUUUGCUUGUUUGUUUGUUUUUAAAUCCCAUAUCUAUCUAUCUAGUUGUGUGUGUGUGUAUAUAUACACUGCAGUAUGUCACUUGUUUUUUUCAAUAUUGUCAGUUCAUUAAUUUGAUUUUUUUUUUUUUUUUGCAGCGAUAAAGUGUACUUCUUAUUGGUAUUUAAUCUUUUAUUGUUGAAGUUUAUUUUGUUUAAUGCUUUGAUUAAUCUGAAAGUCCUAUAUAAAUACUUUAAUUAUUA